CAGACUUGCCCAAUCGCCUAUUCACCAUGCCCAGCACAUUCACGCACGAGUUCAACACCCCUGUCUACAAGGGCAAGUCGUCCUUCAACACCGGGCUCUUCAUUGACGGCAAGUUCGUCGACGGCCAGGAUGGCGAGACCAUUGACGUCAUCAACCCUACGAAUGGCAAGGUAAUCACAAAGGUGUCGGCGGGCACUGCAAAAGAUGUCGACAUUGCCGUCGCGGCGGCACAGAAGGCGUUCGAUACCGUGUGGGGUCUGAACUGCGCCGGCGCCGUGCGGGGCAAGCUCCUCGGCAAGCUCGCCGAUCUCAUGGAGGAGCACGCCGACGAGCUCGCUGCACUCGAGGCACUCGAUAACGGCAAAACCUUCGGCUGGGCGAAGAACAGCGACGUCGUCGCCUCGGUGGGCUGCAUCCGGUAUUACUCCGGCUGGGCAGACAAGCACUCGGGGAAGGUCAUCGAGACGGACGAGAACAAGCUCGCGUACACGCGCAACGAGCCAAUCGGCGUCGUCGGCCAGAUCAUCCCCUGGAACUUCCCGCUCAUGAUGCUCUCGUGGAAGCUCGGGCCCGCGCUCGCGACCGGGUGCACGAUCGUGCUCAAGCCGUCCGAGUUCACGCCGCUCACGGCGCUGCGCAUGUGCGAACUCAUCCAGAAGGCGGGCUUCCCGCCCGGCGUCGUCAACAUCGUCAACGGCUUGGGUACCACCGUCGGCCAGGCGAUCGCGGAGCACCCCAAGAUCGAGAAGGUCGCGUUCACGGGGAGCACGCUGGUCGGAAGGAAGAUUAUGGAGGCGGCGGCGAAGACGAACUUGAAGAAGGUCACGCUCGAGCUCGGAGGGAAGAGCCCGAAUAUCAUCUUCAACGAUGCGGACUUGGAACAGGCCGUCAACUGGGCUGUCCACGGUAUCUUCUGGAAUCACGGUCAGGCAUGCUGUGCUGGGUCUCGCAUAUUCGUCCAGGAGGGUAUCUACCAGGAGUUCCUGACGCGGUUCACGGAAAAGGCCAAGUCGCUCAAGAUUGGCGACCCCUUCGAGCCUGAUGCGUAUCAGGGCCCGCAGGUCUCGCAGACCCAAUACGACCGUAUUAUGGGCUACAUCAACUCGGGCAAGGAGCAGGGCGCGAAGCUGCACCUGGGCGGCGAGCGCCACGGCAACGAGGGCUACUUCAUCAAGCCGACGAUCUUCACGGACACGAAGCCGAACAUGAAGAUCGUGCAGGAGGAGAUCUUCGGGCCCGUCGGCGUUGUGAUCAAGUUCACCGACGAGGACGACAUCAUCCGCCAGGCGAACGACACCGUGUACGGCCUCGCCGCGGCGGUGUUCACGCAGAACAUCAACCAAGCGAUCGAGACGGCGCACCGCCUCCAUGCUGGGACUGUCUGGAUUAACUGCGCGAACCAGCUCCACCCGCAGAUUCCGUUCGGCGGGUUCAAGCAGAGCGGGAUUGGGCGUGAGCUCGGCGAGUAUGCUUUGGCAAACUACUCCAAUGUCAAGGCUGUCCACGUGAACCUUGGCCACAAGAUGUGAGGGGCUUCACAUGUGGCUGGUAUUUCGCUCUUCUUGGAGGUUGUGAGGAUGUACGGAUACCUAUGGGAGAUCAAAAUAUUUGUAUCAAUUAUACUUGCUUAUGUACCUACCACUUUAUACAUUUCUCGUUGCUCUGA